AAAAGUGGGAAGAGGAGGAAGGCAACAAAGUGGGCAUCACGCGCUCCAUUGCAGAGUUUUAGGCGGCCAGCUUCCUCCUCCUUCCCACCAGGCCAGGCUCGGUCGGCUCACCGCCCCGGUGACCGCCGCCGUCUUUGACGCCUGCCUCCGCCGCCGCCUCGCCCCAAAUCUGCGUGUUUGGCCAAAACCCACGGGAAGCGCUUGUCUUUGCUGAGCUGCUCCGGAGCGGAGCUCUGGCUACUUGACUCCGGGUUUGUUCCCCCAUCUGAGGCCAAGAUUCGGAGCGUCGCCGAGGGAAGGCGAUGAAGGGGAAGGGCGGCGCGAUGGACAGGAGGUCCUCCGCCAGGUGGAGGGUGCUGGUGCUCUGCGCAUUCUGCUUCGGCCUCGGCAUGCUCUUCACGGACCGGUUCUGGUCAACACCAGAUACCAACAACCAUAUCAUGUCUCAACGCCGGAGGCAAGAUCAAGAGCUGCAACUCGUAUCAGAGGAUUGCAAUACGAAGAGGAAGCGUGGGGAAGACAAGGAUAUAAUGGGAGAGGUAACCAAGACCCAUGAAGCUAUACAAUCAUUGGAUAAGUCCAUCUCAACGCUGCAGAUGGAACUUGCAGCAAAGAGGAGCACACUGGAGCUGCUCCGUUCUAGUGGUUCCCCAGUAACAUCUGAAACUAGCCAACCAAGGAAAAAGGCAUUCGUUGUCAUUGGAGUCAACACCGCUUUCAGCAGCCGUAAGCGCCGUGAUUCAGUCCGGGAGACAUGGAUGCCUCAAGGUGAAAAGCUGCAACAAUUAGAGGAACAGAAGGGAAUAGUUAUCCGCUUCACUAUUGGGCACAGUGCUACAUCCAAUAGUAUACUGGACAAGGCUAUAGACUCAGAGGAUGCCCAACACCAUGACUUUCUUAGACUGGACCAUGUUGAGGGAUAUCAUGAACUCUCAGCUAAGACAAAAAUUUUCUUCUCAACCGCUGUCGGCAUCUGGGAUGCUGACUUCUAUGUCAAGGUGGAUGAUGACGUGCAUGUGAACUUAGGAAUGCUUGCCACUACCCUUGCUCGUCAUAAAUCAAAACCAAGAACAUAUAUUGGCUGCAUGAAGUCAGGCCCAGUUCUUGCUGACAAGAAUGUGAAGUACCAUGAACCUGAGUACUGGAAAUUUGGGGAGGAAGGAAAUAAAUACUUCCGUCAUGCUACGGGGCAGAUAUACGCCAUCUCGAAAGAUCUUGCGACUUAUAUUUCAAUCAAUCAGCCUAUCUUGCACAAAUAUGCAAAUGAAGAUGUAUCACUUGGAUCAUGGUUCAUUGGUUUGGAAGUUCAUCACAUUGAUGAAAGGAACAUGUGCUGCGGAACUCCACCUGAUUGUGAGUGGAAAGGGCAAGCUGGCAAUGUCUGUGUAGCGUCUUUCGAUUGGAGCUGCAGUGGCAUAUGCAAGUCUGUCGAGAGGAUCAAGGAUGUACAUGCUCGCUGCGGUGAAGGAGAUUCCGCAGUUUGGAGUGCCCUUAUCUAGCAUAUACCCUCCUUUGCCCGUAAAUAUGUAGCAUAGUUGGUAAGCUCUCGUGUUGGACCUGAAUAUGCAACUCCCAAGUGAACUCAACAAGACCAAGGAUCAUGCCCCAUCGAAUAUAAUCUGGAACUGCAGCAAACAGGACGUUGCCAAUGGUGCCUUUGGCUUUACGAUUCUACGGCAACAUGUAGGUUAUGGGAUGCUUGUUGAAAUAUUUUGUUAGAUGGCUUGCUGCCUGUCACCAUUAGCGACUUUGGUGGGGUUAAGAGUGAAGAGUGUGAGACCAAUGUAGGGGUUGCAACUGAUGUUACUAAUCUUGCAUGUAGUGGGAGAGUUUCAGCUGGUGCGUAUGGAGGUAGAGUUCAUGUAAUGUAGAGAACAUUGUUUCAAGCAAAUUUUGACAAAUUC